CCUUAGCAUGCAGGGGGCGGGGGGAAAGGGUGAGCAGGCGCUUCCCAUUGGCCUGCGCGGCUGCCAAUCAAGCGCAGCGGUCCCGCCCCCAGCCCCGCUCGUGGACGUUCCCCAGAAGGCGAAGCAGAGAGCGGUGCUGCUUUGCGCGCCCCGGGCAGGGCCGGCGCAGGUGGAGCGGGCGGCUCUUUAUGGUUGCAGUUGUCGCUGCCGUCAGACUCUUUCCUCCCGGCCGCAGGGCGCAGCUGCCCGGGGGCUAUGGCGGAGGCGCCCGGCGGGCGGUAGAUCGGCAGCAGUGAUCUCACCACCUCAAAAGAAGUGGGCUGCCUAGCACGCAUUGACUAUUUGGAGCUGGCAUUAUUGCUGAAAGAUUACAAAUCGAGCGCAAGAGUCAUGUGAGCUUUCCUCAUCUUGCUUAAUGGAAUUGCUCAGAGUUUCAUUGCUGUAAAAGAAGAGGAGAUUUGAAAUCUUCAUAGUUGGCACUGAAAGACUACCAAUUCACUGAAUUUCCAUGGGAUGCAGAUCAUGCUGCAGGACUGCGUUUGGGUAAAGGAUGAGUUCUGCAUUGCUCUCAGGAGUCUUCCAACACGUUUUCUAAAUUACCUUUUAAUGGUGUUCUAAGUGAGCUUAUGCGAAACAAAUAGCAUUGGAUCAUGAGUGAGGAAAAAAACUUUGGUGCAUCCCAGAAAAUGUUGUCUCCUUCAAGAAGUACUAGCAGCUGCUCCUCCAAGCAGGGAAGUCGACAGGACAGCUGGGAGAUUGUAGAAGGGCUCCGGGGAGGAAUGAAUUAUACCCAGGAGCCACAGAAGCAGGAGGGCUGCUUGCUGAAAAAGAGGAAAUGGCCUUUGAAGGGCUGGCACAAGAGAUACUUCUUUUUGGACAGAGGGAUUUUGAAGUAUUCUAAAUGCCAAGCUGAUAUAGAGAGAGGGAAGCUUCAUGGCUGUAUUGAUGUUGGACUUUCUGUCAUGUCUGUAAAGAAAUCAACAAAAUGUAUAGAUUUGGAUACAGAAGAGCAGAUAUACCAUCUGAAGGUGAAAUCUCAGGAGCUGUUUGAUGAAUGGGUAGCAAAACUUCGUCAUCACAGGAUGUACCGUCAGAACGAAAUCUCCAUGUUUCCUCAUGAUGUCAAUAAUCUCUUCUUCCCUGUGUCUACUACUACGGACUCUGUCCCUGGUUUCUGUGAUUCUACCCCAGGUAGAAAGGCAGGCAGCUUGACCAAACAGAAUUCAUUGUCAGCCGGAGGUAACUUGUCAUUUUCCUUUUCAAGUAAUGAGUCCAGGAUUUCGUCUUGGCUACAGUCUUCUGAAGACAUGGACAAAUGCUCCAGAGAGCUCUCCAACUGUCACACAUACUUACUGGAAAUGAACCAGCUGUUACAGAGCAUGGAUGUUCUUCACAGGACAUACUCAGCGCCUGCUAUAAAUGCUAUGCAGGUUGGACCUUUUGAAAGCCCAAAGAAGGAAAAAAGGACACACAGGAGGUGGCGAUCCAGAGUUGUUGGGAAAGAGCCUAAAGGAAUGUUACAGGUGCCUUCAGUAUUUUCUGCCCCUAUGAGACUGCAUGCUUCCAAUCCAAACUUAUCUACAAUAGAUUUCGUAGAGGAGAAAAAUUACUCCGAUGGCUCUGAAACAUCAUCAGAAUUUACUAAAAUGCAAGAGGACUUAUUUCAUAUUGCACAUAAAGUUUACUUCACCUUGAGGUCAGCUUUCAGUACUAUAUCUACAGAGAGGGAAAAGAUGAAGCAGAUGCUGGACCACGAUGCAUCCUCAUCUCCAUCUGCACAAAUAGCUGGCUUGAAGAAUGCCUUAACAUCUGCAAUAGCACAAAACACAGAUCUUAAAGACCGGUUAUGCAGAAUACAUGCCGAAUCUAUGAUCCUUGAUUCAGCAUCUAAUGCAAAAUCGAGUCCAGAUUUGGUGAAGGAAAAUUCAAGAGAAGAGAGCAGAGCUCUGGUUCACCAGGUCUCCAAUGAAAGCAGACUCUCUGUAGCUGACUCUCUCACUGAAUUUUUUGAUGCACAGGAAGUCCUACUGUCUGCUAGCUCUUCAGAAAAUGAGGUAUCAGAUGAUGACUCAUAUGCAAGUGAUAUCAGUGAUAAUGUCUCAGAAGAUAACCUAAGCAAUGACAUAGAGAGUGAAAGACAAACUUUAGACUGUAUUUCUGAAAGUGGAAUUGGAUGCAGUUCUAAACGGAGAACAUGUUUACCAGCUCCAUGUCCUAAUACAAGUAACAUCAGCCUGUGGAAUAUCCUGAGAAAUAACAUAGGAAAGGAUCUCUCCAAAGUGGCCAUGCCUGUUGAAUUAAAUGAGCCACUUAACACCCUUCAGCGUCUCUGCGAGGAGCUGGAGUACAGUGAACUGCUAGAUAAAGCAGCGCAUAUGCCUAACCCAUUUGAACGGAUGGUGUAUAUAGCUGCAUUUGCGGUCUCUGCAUAUGCCUCCAGUUACUACCGAGCUGGAAGUAAGCCAUUUAAUCCUGUGCUUGGAGAAACCUAUGAAUGUAUUCGUGAAGAUAAGGGUUUCCAGUUCUUUGCGGAACAGGUCAGUCACCAUCCACCUAUUUCUGCAUGCCAUGCUGAAUCUGUGAAUUUUGCUUUUUGGCAAGAUGUAAGAUGGAAAAACAAAUUCUGGGGAAAGUCCAUGGAAAUUGUUCCAGUUGGUACAACACAUGUAACUCUUCCAGCUUCUAAAGACCAUUUUGCAUGGAACAAGGUGACAUCUUGCAUCCAUAACAUUUUAAGUGGGCAAAGAUGGAUUGAACACUAUGGAGAGAUCAUCAUCAAAAACCUCAAUGAUGACACUUGCCACUGCAAACUGACUUUCAUAAAGGCAAAGUAUUGGAAUCCAAAUGCACAUGAGAUUGAAGGCUGUGUCAUGGAUAAAGCUGGGAAAGUUGUGCAUCGACUCUUUGGGAAGUGGCAUGAAAGUUUAUACUGUGGGACGACUUCAUCUUCAAACUGCAUAUGGAGAGCAAAUCCAAUGCCUAAAGGUUAUGAACAGUGGUAUGGAUUCACUCAGUUUGCACUGGAGUUAAAUGAACUGGACCAGCAAGCUAGGUCAUUACUCCCAUCCACUGAUACGCGUUUUAGGCCAGACCAAAGGUUUCUAGAAGAAGGGAAUAUUGAAGGAGCUGAAAUGCAGAAGCAGAGGAUUGAGCAGCUACAGAGAGAACGACGGAAGGUGCUGGAAGAAAACAAUCUAGAGCAUCAGCCUAGAUUUUUCAGGAAAUCAAAUGAUGACUCCUGGGUGAGCAACGGAACCUACAUGGACCUUAGAAAAGAACCUGGCUUUUCCAAACUGGACAAUCCUGUCCUCUGGUGAAAGAGGAGCUAAAUGAAGAUAUUCUGUGCUGCAUUCUUGGAUCCAAUUUAAAAGAAGUAUAUAUAAAAUAUACCUAUCUAUAAAUAUAUCUAUAUAUACACACACACAUAUAAUAUAUGUGUGGGGUGUGUGUAUGUGUGCAAGUGUGCAUAUCUCCAGAAUUGUUCUUAAUUUAGAAUCCAGUAAUUCAUUUCCUUUACUCUAUUGCAGUGAUUGUUUGAAUGUAUAAAUAGCCUGAGUUCUUUUUAUAAGAUAUUUAAUAAAAUAGUACUGAAUGUUAACAGCAAGAGGGAAAAGAGGAGCUUUUACACUACUUUCCAAUGUGUAAUAAUGUCAGUUCUGAGUUAACUUAAUGCCUUAUUGAAUUGCAGUGGAGACAGUGGCAUCAGCAGUACUCUAGCUGUGCUGAGAAAUCAGAGUGCAAGCCUUAGUAACUCAAAUUGUAGGUAGGCUGCCACAAUUCAGUAGUUAAUUUGGCUGCCUCUGGGCUGGUAUAAAUUGCUAAAACAGGAUGACAGCUGGUGUUGGAAGCUGAGUAUGAUCUUUUGCUGCUUGUACAAAAGAUUUAAUUAAGCUUUUGUUUCUAUUAGCUUUCUUCUUAGCAUUAUGGAAGAGGUAGUUCUGAGCUUACAUCAAUGGUUCUACUGCCUUAUAUGUAAACUGUACCCAGCUAAGUGUAGUGCUAGAACUUCAGGAUUCGCCAAAAUUUUCCACUGGGAAAAAAUUCCACUUUAGAUUUAUAGCCCCCAACAGGGCAAGAGGAGGAGAUCCUUUGUGUAUAUACUGCUUGAGCACUGAGUAGACAAAGAAGCUCUCUUUUUCCAGUAAAUAAAACCUAUACAGAGCACGAAAUCCUGUGCUUCCAUAGCUUCAUUUGUUUUUAUUAACCUAAAAAUUGCACCAGUAAGACUUUUUAAAAAGUAAGCAAACUGAUUGUUUUAAGCUAGACAUUUUUUCUUAGUAUUUUGAUAUUUUCUACCUCUUAAGAAAUAAACAACAUAUUUAAGAUCUUA